AUGACGAGUGAGAAGCCGGAUGUAUUGGGCGACGAGACAGGCCCCGAGCGCAUAUAUAGUAUGGAUCCGACGCGAGAUAAGAUGCUCAUCUCGGAGGCCAAGCACGCUACCAAUGCCGAGCAGCAUAUGACGCUCCUGGAAGCCAUCAGGCUAUACCCGAAGGCAAUCGGGUGGUCGGUUCUGCUCUCGUCGACGCUCAUCAUGGAAGGGUACGACCUAGCGUUGCUCGGAAACCUCUACGCCUCUCCCGUGUUCAACCAGAAAUUUGGCACAUACAGCGAGGAGAAGGGCAAGUGGGCGGUUUCUGCUGCUUGGCAAUCCGGGCUCUCUAACGGCGCGCGGGCGGGUGAGAUCCUUGGCCUCAUCCUUGCUGGUUGGGUCUCGGAUCGCUACGGGUACAAGAUGACGACGAUCGCGUCUCUGAUCCUAAUGAUCAUGUUUAUAUUUGUGCUGUUCUUUGCCCCUAAUGUCCAAGUCCUUGUUGUUGGUGAGGUGCUCUGCGGUGUUCCUUGGGGGGCCUUUCAGUCCGUCACCCCCGCGUAUGCAUCUGAAGUGGCUCCCAUCGUCCUAAGGCCAUACUUGACGACCUUUAUAAAUAUGUGCUGGGUCAUUGGCCAGUUCUUCGCAGCUGCUGUAAACAAGGGAUCCGUUGACCGUUCGGACGAGUGGGCAUACAGGAUUCCGUUCGGAGUUCAGUGGGUGUGGCCCAUACCUAUCCUCGCCGGGCUUAUCUUCGCACCCGAGUCGCCGUGGUGGCACAUACGGCAUGGCAAUCAGGAGGCGGCUAGGGCGUCUUUACUGAGACUGACAUCUCGCAAUGAUCCAACGUUCAAUGCGGAUGAGACUAUUGCUAUGAUCGAACACACCAACGAGCUCGAGAAACGGAUGAAGCAAGGUCUCACUUAUCGGGAUUGCUUCAGGGGUAUUGACCUACGACGAACGGAAAUUGUCGUGGGUGUCUGGCUUGUCCAGACGCUCGGUGGCCAGAACAUCAUGGGCUACUUCGCUUAUUUCUUGACCCAGGCUGGUAUGGAACAGUCCAACUCCUUUUCGCUCUCCAUGGGACAGUACGCGCUGGGCAUGAUCGGCACAGCCGGCUCCUGGUUUCUCAUGUCUCGCGUCGGCAGACGAACUAUUCAUUUCAGCGGCCUAUGCUGCCAGCUUCUUAUCUUGAUUAUCGUCGGCUCCCUGUCGUUUUCCAGCGAGAAUGGCUCAGUAUGGGCAAUCGGUGCGAUGCUGAUCGUGUUCACGUUCGUGUACGACUUCACGGUUGGUCCCGUCACAUACUCGCUAAUCUCCGAGCUGUCCUCGACACGAUUAAAGGCCAAAACGAUCGUCCUCGCCCGCGCUGCUUAUAACGCUAGCAACAUAUUCGUUAAUGUUAUAACCAACUACCAACUCUCAUCCACAGCGUGGAACUGGGGCGCGAAGACCGCCUACUUCUGGGCCGGAACCUGCUUGCUCUCCGCCGUCUGGGUAUUUUUUCGGUUACCAGAGCCGAAGGACCGAACAUACGCCGAGCUAGACUUGCUUUUUGAUAGACGGGUUCCGGCACGCGAGUUCGCCAAGACAAAGAUAGACCCAUUCGCCCAGUGGUCGGACGAUGCCGUCGAAGAGAUACCGACCAACGGUAACCCUAACAAAGAACUACAGUAGUCGUGGCAAUGGGUUCCGGAUACUGUGAGUCACAGUGAAACCAUCUAGGAAC